AUGACGACCCGUAUUGCUCCCGAGCAGCCAAUCGCUGCGCGUCCCGUACGUGUCACAUGGAGCUACCUCUCCAUUCUCCUAAGCAUUUGCCUCAGCCUCAACAUUGUACUCACGCCGCUGAAAGCAUACCUCUGUGAGCCGUACCCGUGGCAGCUACCGCCGCUGCCGCCAAUCCUCAAAGCGUCCGACGCUUCGUGGACCACCGUCGAAGCGACGCUUCUCGAGGCGGCCAAACGCCAGUACAAUAGCUCGAUCUUUACCGGCACAACGUAUAUCUUUGACGCGGAAACGUGGACGAGCAUCUACCGCGACGUCUUCCCUAUGCCACUGCCACCCGUGUCGUGCCAAGUCGACCUCAUGACCCAGCUGAACGGUGGCGCCUUUUUGCCCCAUGCGCUUCAAGAGAAGCUCUGUGUCGCCAUCUCGAAUACGUCGUAUUCGGUUAGUGCUUGCUUUGAGGCACAGCUCUUCGCCUCGACUUUCAAUGUUGGCUGCGUCUGGACGAUGCCAGGCAACGACUCGGUGAUCGUCUACGGAGCGUAUCGAAUGACUUCGUCGGUCACCGCUCUGACCCUCAAGCUCGCGGUGCGCAUCUCUCUCACGCUCUAUAUGGCCGGUGUCAUGUGGCGUCGGUACUAUCGGCAAUACCGCAGCCUUGCACUGCAGUGUCAGCGUUACCCCAAAGUCGGCCGUGUGCACAUUUGUGUCGGUGAUCCCACGAGCAUCUUUCUCUUGCAUCCUGUACUGUGUCUCUGUUUGGUGCUCGACGUCUGGCAAAGCGUCGGCACCGUGUAUCUUGAGAUGUUGGCCGUGCUGCAAGUCGACGACUUUUGGCAGUUUGCCCUCGGAUACCUCUACCUCUCUCGCAGUGUUUGGUUUGGCUACGCAUUUCUCUCUUGUACGUCGAUGCUGCUCAAGAAAUGCAAGCGCGAGCACUGGUUCACACCACUGGACCCGACCCUUGUCGCGAUUGCAGCGGCCCUUGCUACGGGUCCCGUCACGAUGAUCAAUGGACGCACCGCAUUCCUUGUCUUUUACUCGUGGCUCUUUAACGUGCUCGCGACGUCGUACCAUUCGAUCGAAAUCACAGCUGGCGUCUUCUUCUACACGAUCGGUCUCGGACUGCUGCCCCUUCUUGCUGGCUUUGGCCUGCGCUGGAUGCACUGCUGGCGCGUGACGCAGCCGGCAGACUAUGCUGCCAUCUCGUUCAACGACAUCAAGCAGCGCGUGCUCUUGACCCUCGAGCGACUCAGCCUCGGCGUGCCUGCCAACGUCCGUCGGCGCGGUGGGUCAAUCCACGCUGUCUGCGCGCACCUUUCGCGGCUAAAAGCAUCGCCGUGCAUUAGCCAGCGCGGCGCCGACUGCUACCUCAUCUUGUACGACCAACUUGGAGCUCCAAUAGAAGUGGUGCGGCUGAGCUUGAAGACGUGCAUCGACAUGACCGACGAAGACCUCGAUGUGCUUGUGCUGCCAACAUCCAACGUGUUUGGCCAUGUGGGGCUCGUGUCGGACGAGUCGACGGGUGUGAACCAGUUGCUUCAGCACCCGCCGCUCGGCAGCGACUGCGCGUGGAUCGAAUAA